UUGUUUUUUUUCCCCCUCCUCAGCUAGUGACGAUAUCCCUACCCCUGCUGCUGUGGCCGAAUCUGCCAUGAAGGUUCUUAACAGUUGCUUGUCUUCCAUGCCGACAGCUUCAAGAAACCCACCCUGCCUUUCUAAAAUCAAGCCUUUCAUCUGGGUAACCAAGUGGGUCGACUACUCCAACAAAUACGGCUUCGGUUACCAGCUCUCCAAUCAAAACGUCGGUGUACUCUUCAACGAAGGCACUCAUCUGAGCCUGUGUGACCAGCGGCGGACUGUACAUUACUGUCUGACGAACAACAAACACUUUAGUUUUCCAGCUGACGCUUUACCAGAAAAGCUCCAGAAUCAAAAGCACAUAGUGGAUUUGAUGGCUAACUACAUGGAGCAGAACCUAAUGGAGGGUGGAGACGUCAACUGUGAGGCCCAGCCACCUCCAAGCUCUUCUCCAUUGCUUCUGCAGUGGAUCAAGACUGAUCACGCCUUAGUCAUGCUCUUUGACAACCGAACCCUACAGGUUAAUUUUUACACAGACCAUACAAAAAUCAUCCUGUCCAAGACUUCGGACUCCUCGUACUUGCUGACCUACAUCAGCAAGGAGCGCGUCUCUUAUUCCUACCCUCUGAAUGUGCUUUCCCAAUGGGGCUGCUCUCCGGAGCUCCGGCAGCGGCUUCAUUAUGUGGUACAGCUUCUCCAGCACUACACCAACGCAUAAUGACUAAGAACUUCGAUUACGACUUGCUGCUUACCGCUUCCGUUUGAGAAGCAAAAAAGGACUAUGACAAAGAAAAAAAAUCGGGGGAAGCUUCCACGUUGCCAUGAAGAUCUCCUGUCCUUGGUCAUCGGCUGGCCUCUUUGAACUAUGGUGCACUAUUUUUCGUUUGGUUUUUAGUUGUUUUUGCGACCAACCGUAUCACACUACCAGCUUGACUCACAGUGUGCACAACCAAAAUUUGAGCUUGUUCUUUUUAUGAUUUCAUUUUUUUUAGCUGGACUGAAGUGCAGAUGGCAAAACUCACAGGGUUCUUAAGCGUCUUGCUUUUGCUCGCGAUGUCCCAAACACUGCGCAAGAUGAGCUUGACUUUUUAUGCUCGAUCACUUGGCCUUUUUUUUUUUUUUUUUAAAAAGGACAUUUUAUUUCACUAAAUAGUACACAAACAAGAAGAGCUACGAACACCAAAUGGUUAUUCUUUUAAUGAGAUUAGUUUUAAAGAUGGCAGAGGUGAAUGGCUGAGGUGGAACUGUAAUUCAUGGAGGAGCAGUUAGGAUUGGGAGAGACUAAAGUGCCUUUCUGAUGGAUUCCUCUGUGCAAUAAUGGCCCUGGAUCUCAAGCUUAAGUCACAAAGGGAAUGAAAGGGGCUUUAUAUAGAGUCUUCAUAUUCGGUUUUCCAAGCGAAUUAGGCAGGAGUGGGGGAAGAAACACUACAAAUACACCUGAUAUAAGCUUUUUGCUGUUAAAAGUUAUUAUAUCCUUAAUGUCCGUACUUGAGGAAAAAAAGACUGUAUUCAGUGUGCCUCCAGCUUUGUUUACUUGACAUGCUCCAUCAUAAGUAAUCAUAAUGUCCUCAAAACUGUGACCAUGACUGUAAGUGUUAAAUAGGUGUUCAGAAUACCAACAUUGUGAGCGAUUACCCUUAGACAAAUCCUAACUAGUAUUAUUAAUUAAUUGUGGCACGUGUUCUAUUUAUUUUUUUAUUUAUAGUUUUUUAUUUAUUGAUGUAACAUAAUUGUAUGGCGUCAACACUGGGAAAUGUUCAGUAUGAUCACUUUUUAUGUAUUGGGAGAGGGGGGGGAAUAAAGUUUAUUGAAAAUA